AUGGCAGCAAGGCAGUCCCCCAACGAGCCGGGUCUCAUCUGGAAAGACGGCGGCCUGCAGCCCGCCGUCCGCAUCGGCAACCAGUCCUACGACAUCUACCCAGACUGCUGGCACCGCACCUUUCACAUCCGCCGCCUUACCGUCCAGAACCCGGACAGCCUGCCUUUCCCAAACGAGUCACCCAGCUUUGCGUUUUAUCUGAUUUGA